AAACCGGGGACUUUUUCAGUUUUGACGUUUACAAAAACAACCUGCAGAAAAUAAAUUGUCGAGCGGCGACCUUUGAGUCUGGCUAGCUAGAGCACUAGGAGGCAGUUCCUCAGCCCGGGGUAGCAAUUGGCUGCGCGUGCACUCACUGCGACUCCCCUCUUGUCUCUCUGUCGAUCCAUUUCCUAUCACGCGUUCUGUAAAAUUGCCUACACACACACACACGCACGAUGUGGUUUGCGUGUGUGUGCGUGCACCGGAACCCAAAGUCCGUCGGUGGCGUCGGCAAAUUUGAAGAUUAACGAGGUUAUCCUCCAUUCGACCCGCGGAGAGAGAGAGGACCAGAAAGCACAGACUGCUGCGCCGACCUGCUUGCGUGUCGAGGCGGAAAGGAAGCUUGGCCAGCUGCGUUGUUGGACUGGAUCGAAUUGGACUCAGUGAAGAGCAGUAGGACUAUAUAAAGACAGGGGGGAAUAUGACCGAUAAACGGAUGUCGCGGUGGUAUUUUGGGGGCCUCGCCUCCUGUGGGGCUGCCUGCUGCACCCACCCUCUGGAUCUUAUCAAAGUCCACCUGCAGACCCAGCAGAAGGGGAAGAUGGGGAUGGUGAGCAUGGCCAUGCAGGUAGUGAAGAACGAUGGAGCUCUGGCUCUGUACAACGGACUCAGCGCAUCACUCUGCAGACAGAUGUCCUAUUCUCUAACUAGGUUUGCUAUCUAUGAGACAGUCAGAGACAUGUUGAGCAGCAGUAACCAGGGGCCCAUGCCUUUCUACCAGAAGGUGCUGCUGGGGGCCUUCGGAGGUUUUACUGGCGGGUUCAUUGGUACUCCUGCAGACAUGGUGAACGUCAGGAUGCAGAAUGAUGUUAAACUUCCCCCAGAGCUGAGGAGAAACUACAAACAUGCUGUGGACGGUCUCUUCAGGGUCUUCAGAGAAGAGGGGGUGAGGAAGUUGUUCUCAGGAGCCACCAUGGCCUCCAGCAGAGGAGCUCUGGUCACCGUGGGACAGUUGGCAUGUUAUGACCAGGCUAAACAGCUGGUGCUGUCUUCAGGCUUCAUGGGAGAUAACAUCCUCACACACUUCCUGUCCAGCUUCAUCGCUGGAGGCUGUGCUACGUUCCUGUGUCAGCCUCUAGAUGUGAUGAAGACCAGGUUGAUGAACUCUAAAGGAGAAUACUCAGGUGUGAUACACUGUCUGAGAGUGACGGCUAAAGAGGGACCCGGGGCCUUCUACAAGGGUCUUGUUCCUGCAGGGAUCCGUCUGAUCCCUCACACGGUGCUCACCUUCAUCUUCCUCGAGCAGCUCAAGAACAACUUCGGCAUCGUCGUCAUCUCCUGAGCACGCUCCAUGACCUACGACCUUUACCCUCUAACCCCCUGCCAACGUCAACCAAUCCCCUUUCACUGCCACGGUGCCCCCCCCACCCCAUGGCCCUGCGCUGUCCAAUCACACAGAGAGGGAGAUGUAGGGAUGGAAUGCCUGCUAUGCUAUCCUACCCGGCCCUCUUUCACCUGCUCUGGAAAUCAACCAAUCACCCGGGGAAAAGACUACGAAGGAACUGCCUACACCUGCACCAUCACAGCCUUGUCCACAGGAAGAGUUGUCAUAGCAACGCCAGUCAAACCCUGCUGUGACAUCAUCUCCAUGCGUCUGUCAUCAUCAAUAGUGCCAUUCUCAAUGGGGCCUGCGCCUCAAAUCAUACACUAUUCACUAUGUAGUGCAUUACUUAUGACUCUUAAUCUGUAGUGCACUUAACAUGUAGCUCUGGUCAGAAGUAGUGCACUACGUAGGGAACAUAGUGUCACCUGAGUUCACUUCCUAGACAGUGUUAAUGUGUUUAUACUGUAGCCUUCCACCACCAUCAUCAUCAUCAUGUAUCACCCAAAUCAGUUCCAUUCCACACCACACCAGUCCUCAUGUAUUACUAGCAGUGUACUAGUUGUAGUAGUAUGUAUUACUAGCGGCGUACUAGUUGUGGUAGUGUGUAUUACUAGCAGUGUACUAGUUGUAGUAUGUAUUACUAGCAGUGUACUAGUUGUAGUAGUGUGUAUUACUAGCGGUGUACUAGUUGCAGUAGUGUGUAUUACUAGCAGUGUACUAGUUAUAGUAGUAUGUAUUACUAGCAGUGUAUUAGUUGUAGUAGUAUGUAUUACUAGCGGUGUACAAGUUGUAGUAGUAUGUAUUACUAGCGGUGUACAAGUUGUAGUAGUAUAUAUUACUAGCGGUGUACUAGUUAUAGUAGUAUGUAUUACUAGCAGUGUAUUAGUUGUAGUAGUAUGUAUUACUAGCAGUGUACUAGUUAUAGUAGUAUGUAUUACUAGCGGUGUACUAGUGGUAGUAGUAUGUAUUACUAUAAUGUAUUACUAGCACUGUACUAGUGAUAGUAGUAUGUAUUACUAUAAUGUAUUACUAGCACUGUACUAGUGAUAGUAGUGUGUAUUACUAUAAUGUAUUACUAGGGGUGUACUAGUUAUACUAGUAUGCAGUGUACUAGUUAUAGUAGUAUGUAUUACUAGUCGUGUACUAGUGAUAGUAGUGUGUAUUACUAUAAUGUAUUACUGGUGUCAAUGUAGAUCGCUACAACAUUGUCCUUCUAACUGGAACCAUCUCAGAUACUGUCACAUCGGGGGGUGACCGUGACAAAGGGCCCUCUUCCUGUUCAUAACACUGUAACAGCGGCAGGUAGCCUCGCGGUUCAGAGCGUCGGGCCAGUAACCCGAAAGGUUGCCGUGUGGAAUCCCCGAGCUGACGAGGUAAUACAUCUGGUGUUGUGCCCUCGAGCGAGACACUUAACCAUAAUGCCUCUGGAUAAGAGCGUCACUAAAUGACUCAAAUGGUCAUGUACUGUGACAGGUCAGUGCUAUUCCUGUUCAUAAGGGAUGCUUAUUACUAUAACAGGUCAGUGCUAUUCCUGUUCAUAAGGGAUGCUUAUUACUAUAACGGGAGAUCAGUGCUAUAACUAGAAUCUUAUGAAUCUCACGUCAUCAACUCAGAGACAUUUGGGAGUGGCAUUGGGUGACAUAGGGUGCUAUUCCUGCCUAUAAGGGAUGCUGCAUAACAGGUUAUAAUGCCAUAACACCAUGGCUAUAAAGCCAUCGCAUGCUUACAGACAAAGGUACUAAACAGAAGAAGUUGCCCCCUAGGCACUGAUUCUGGGUCAGACAUUAGUUGUAUCCCCCUACCAGUUAAAGUUAUUGUUGCGGCUAGGUGAUCUGAUCCUAGAUCUGUGGUUAGGGACAACAGUAGAAAUUCCCACCAAGGGCAAUGUGACCAUGAGAUAUAACUGGACAGAGAUAAGAGACGUAUAGUGAAUAGGUUGUACACUACCUUUGACCAGGCCCCGUAGGGCCCUAUAGGAGAUCAUUUAGAGAUACUGUGAGUUAGAGAGAGAUACUGUUUACUGGGGCCUGGAUGAAACUGCUGACUUUAAGGCACUUUAUUAAAUACACACACACACACAGGUGCCCACAAACACACACAUAAGCACACUCAUCUAAGACAAACAGACAAACCCUACAGGUAACUUCAGGCAGUUCUCUGUACGUAAUAGGGCCAUUUGUGGGGCGGGGGGGGGGGGGACACCCACAGUGAGUCAGGAUGCCUUUUCCUCUGUAGCCUCCAGGGGGCAGCAUGGUACUGUGUGUGUUUGGGAGACUGGUCAUUAUGAAUGAGUGACUGAUUAUUAACAGACAAGUAUGUCUCUGUGUGAAUGAGAGAGGAUUCAUUCAUAAAUACUACGGUGAGAUUGUGUUUGUGAGUGUGUUUCAGUUAAUUGUUUGACUGUAUUUGAUAGGCCAUUAUUAAAGAGUGGUAUUGGGGAACCACCCCUUGUACACGCGCACACACACACACACACAAUCUCUAGGAAUGGAAAUGAGAUUGUAGAACCCAGCUCUGUGCGGCUGUACAUGUACGGGUCUGUAUUUUGUAGAUUGUUUUUUGAAUUAAAAUACUAAUAAAUAAUAACUGUCA